AUGGCUAGAUGGGAUAAAGUGAACGGCGUGAGAGUUGAAAACUUAAGAAGGGUUUUAGACUCAGCCAGAGAAAAUUUCCUGUGGCGCCCUUAUGCCUUGGUCACUGAUAACUGGCAUAUCCCUAAAUACUAUCCACAAGAGGAAAUGUGGGUUUUGAUUGGACCUGAUGUGGAUGAUGAAUUGCUCUCAUAUGUGAGAUGCUUGAGGGCCAGUGAGCUAGUUGGACUUUAUACCAUAGACAUAGAGCAUUACCUUCCGCACCGGGUCGCUAUGCAAUUUGGAUAUGAUCAAGACCUUCCAUGUUCUGUUACUCGAGCUAACUGCAAUUUGGAUACAGCCUGGGACUACAACAAGGAAAUCAAGAAUGUAAAAUUGUAUCUUCCAUCUAGACUUGUGGAGGCUGAUGUUACCACAAAGUACUUGAAGUGGUGGAAGCAAUCAGUGUCAGGUCUUGAAGAUGCAAGGGAAGCUGCUGUGCCAGGAAAAAAGGGAACAAAGAGUUUGAAAUGUUUGCUACCGAGGGCUAACCACCCCUCUGUACCUCCUGGUUUUCCUCCCAAACGUAAAAGAAUGGAAGCUGAAGAUCCUAUUGAUGAGGAUGAACUAACUGUAUCACAGCUUUUGAAAUUUCGCAAGAAGCAUGAGAGCUUUGGGAUUAUACAAGGUAGUGACAGUGAGAAAUUAUCAAGUCAAGCUCAACAUUUUGCAUCUCCAAUUGCACAAAAAAGCUAUGUUAAUACCAUGAAGUCAGAUGAGAACAUUGUAAACCUCGUCGGCGAUGAAUGUGUUGGCAGUAGUUCUUUAUUUCAGAAACGUCAGCUGGUGCUUGGAGCUAGAUUUGAAAGGCUUGCAACUAUGGUUGACGAGUUAAAGGCACGUAGAUUGGGGAACAAGGUUUAG